GAAAUUCUUUCUUCUCCCGCGCCCACUUCUACUUUCCGUGGACGACCGCCAGCACAAUACCCAGGGCUCGUUCCUGCUGGCAAUGCUCGCCAGGCUAAGCCUUUCGGUAACAGAAAGCAGCGUCAAGACAUUACCUCGUCUUCGUCAAGCCAUGGCCUCCGCCGCCCUCUCGCAGCCAGCUGAUGCUGCUGCCGCUGCCGCCGUGGAGGAGCUUGCCAGUCAGACAGCUCAGCUGGAUGUCAAUGCCGCCCAGGUGGACGCGGAGCCGUCAAGCGCCGCGCCUGCGAUCCCGUCGCACCGCAGCCAUGAUCCCCAGUUCAACCAGAAGAGGAGCGACCCGUUUCAGUUCGGAUCUCGCUUUCUCAAAGAGGAAGACGACGUCUUCGAGUUCAAUGCCUGGGACCAUGUCGAGACUGACGACACCUUCAAGGAGUUUGCGGAGCAGCAGUAUGCCAUGCAGCGCGAGUCGCCAGUCUCGGACUUUGACAAGAACAGAUUCAAUGCCGACCCUGCGAAGUGGUGGAACAACUUCUACAAGAACAACACUGCAAAUUUCUUCAAGAAUCGCAAGUGGUUGAAGAUGGAGUUCCCCAUUCUCGAAAAGGUCACGAGGGCAGACUAUGGUCCCGUGACAGUCCUUGAAGUCGGCGCUGGCGCGGGCAACACGGCAUUCCCCAUCCUGGGCAGCAAUGAGAACCCGGGCCUGAAGCUCCACGCUUGUGACUUUUCCAAACAGGCCGUGCAGGUCAUGCGUGGGCACGCGGAAUAUGACACAAAGUUCAUGCAAGCUGACGUGUGGGAUGCUGCGGGCCAGGAGCUGCCGCCGGGGCUCGAGGAGGGCUCCGUGGACGUGGUGCUGAUGAUUUUCAUUUUCUCUGCUCUCUCACCGCUCCAGUGGAAACAGUGCGUGUCAAACAUCCACCGGCUGCUCAGGCCCGGCGGCGAGGUCUGCUUCCGUGACUAUGGUAGAGGUGACCUCGCGCAAGUCCGCUUCAAGAAGGGCCGCUACAUGGAAGAGAACUUUUACAUUCGCGGUGACGGCACAAGAGUGUACUUCUUUGAGAAGGACGAGCUGUCCGAGAUUUGGAGCGGCGCGCCUGCUCCCGCAUCCCUGUCUGCUGAGCCGGGGGCGACUCCUCCUGGUGAAGGACAGAAGUCUGCCGAGGAGGAGCGGCAGCCUGUCGAGAAGUCUGAGACUGCGGCGACUACCCUGUUCGACGUGGAAGAGAUCCACUUUGACAGGAAGAUGCUCGUCAACAGAGCAAAGAAGCUCAAGAUGUAUAGAUGCUGGCUGCAAGCCAGAUUUAGAAAGAAGCAAUAGAUUUUCGUUGCCAACGA